AUACCACCAUGUCCAAAACUAGCCAGAUUCGAAACGUGUCAGUUGGACCCCUGUAUGCUAGAUCCAUGCAAACCAGAACCAACGGUUGUUAUCAUCGGUGCAGGGAUGGCUGGACUUUCAGCGGCGCAUCGGUUGGCGCAAUGUGGCCUUCAAAAUUUCACAAUAUUAGAGGCAACGGAUAGACCAGGAGGUCGAAUUCAUUCGUGUUGGUUGGGUGAUGUGGUGGCCGAGAUGGGUGCAACGUGGAUCGAAGGAGGGUGCGUGGCGAAUCCUGUAUUCACGCUAGCUGCUCAAGAAGGUCUUCUGAAGCCACCGCUCUUCAGGCCUGAUCCGAGUCGUGGUCUUUUUUGUACAAGCGAUGGCCGAGCUAUCGAUCUUCCUGUCAGCAUUACGGCUUAUCAUACGUUUCGGCAGAUCGAGCAACAGGCGGCAACUCUUUUCUCUCUAGGUUGUGGCCGCACCCACGGAACGUUGCUGAAUUUUAUGGGCGUUCGAAUUCAGCAGGAGCUGCACAAUUUUCCGGAGGAGCAACGAUAUGACGCCGCCAGGGUGAUGUACGGCAUGACAAACUGCGUGAGAUGUCGCUGCGGAGAUGAUCUGUCGUUGGUUUCUGCAGAUCAGUUUGGAAGUUAUAUCGAGAUACCUGGUGGUAACGUGAGAGUGCCCCUUGGAUACGUCGGAGUGCUUGCACCUCUGUUACGAGAUUUGCCGAGUUGUGCUCUCAAAUACUGCAAGCCGGUGAGUUGCAUUAGAUGGGGCGCCAUAACCGAUUCGUGUCCUCGAGCGGUGGUGAAGUGUUGCGAUGGCGAAGAAUUUCCAGCCGAUUACGUGAUCGUCACAGUGUCCCUUGGUGUCUUGAAGCAUCAACACGAUAAACUUUUCUGUCCAGCAUUACCCGCGGAAAAAGUCGAAGCUAUUUGCAAAUUAGGAUACGGAUACGUAAAUAAAAUAUUCCUGGAAUAUGCGAGGCCGUUCUGGGUUUGGAAGGAAGGAGGCAUUAAACUGGCUUGGUCAGCUGAUGAACUCGCUGACAGAUGCGACUGGGUGAAAGGGAUUUCAAUAGUGGAAGAGUUAUCGACUUCGCAACAUGUUUUGUGUGCGUGGGUUUGUGGCCGAGAGGCGGCAGAUAUGGAAUUGUGCUCGGACGAAGAGGUCGUGGAGUCGAUAACAAGAGUUCUUCGACAAUUUACCGGUGAUCCUACACUUCCCUACCCAGCAAAUCUUCUCAGAAGCAAAUGGUGCAUGGAUCAAUACUUUGCUGGUUCAUGUAGUUAUAUGGGGAUGGACAGUACCGUUGGUCAUCAAUGUGAUUUAGCUAGUCCAUUGCCAGGUACCUGCGAGCCUAUACCACCGAUUCUUUUAUUCGCCGGAGAAGCUACGAUUCCAGGACAUUACAGUACAGUACACGGCGCCAGAUUGAGCGGUAUUCGCGAAGCGGAAAGAAUAAUUCAAUUAACGAAACGGUUCGGUGGUCCGCCAACGAAAACAUCCGAUAACAGCUGAGUUGGCAUAUAAUUUCGUGCAAGUAAAAACUUACCAUAAAUGGUAUUCGUCAUAGUAAACGUGCCCGUCUUCUGUCCAAGAUGACACCGAUCGACGCAUUUUAUUCAAAUAAAAUCUUUCAUAUUUGAAAUUUGACGAAAUUAUGACAUCGAUGAUUUUAUAUUAUUUAUGCAAAGCACGAAACGGAGAGUUGUGUUAAAUUUUUUGAAAGAUACGUUUGAACAUUUUUCAUUUGAUAAUUAUACCUUUGGUUGUUUUAAUGUAUACCUCUGCUGUACUCUUAUACCACAAACUGUUAAUCUUAAUACAGAAUAUACGUUUUAGCAUAUUAUUAAAAUUAACGUUUCGUUCAUUUUCCGAUAGUAAGACUUCAAUUUUUCUGUCGCAAGCACAGAAAUACUGAAUUCUUGCAACCUUUGCUACCCUGUUAGAUCAGUGCCAUUAAUUAUCUCUAAUUAUUUCUAAUAGCCCUUUAUCUGCUGGCAAAUAUUUAUCUUUGUCAAUGACUUUAUUUUACUGGCAAUAUUCGUCAGCUUAUUAUUCCGGUGGCAAAUAAUAUUCGCUGCUGCAUCUCUCGAGCCUGGUGUCUCGAGCAUAUUGAACAUAUCGUAAGAGUAAACACAGAAGAUUCAUCUAUGUAAAUGGAGAUGGAAUUAAUUAUAAUAUCAAU